AUGAAUGCACCAGCCAAUUGCCAGCAAUCCUGCAUGGAAGUUUGUAAGUGCAACUCAGGCUUUGUGCACUCCAAUGGCAAGUGCAUCCCACUGGACAAGUGUGGGUGUAUAUACAAGGGCCAACAGUAUUCCCCUGAUGAAGUAUUUUGGGCUGAUGACAACUGCCAGGAACGCUGUCGAUGUAACGCUUUAACAAAAGAUGUUACGUGCAAGUCCGAGCCCUGUUCAACCGAGUGCAGCGUCGUGAAGGGUAUCAGAGAUUGCCAGCCUCUCAAUUACAGCACAUGUUAUGUAUCAGGGGACCCACACUUUGUGACUUUUGAUGGCCGGAGAUAUGACUUCCAAGGAACCUGCCAAUACACCCUUGCUGCCCUCACUUACAAAAACUCAGGUCUUCCAGACUUCCAGGUCUUAUUGCAGAGUGAUCACCUGGGCAACCAACUCAUUGCAAAGGCGAAAAGUGUUACUGCUAAAGUAUAUGGUGUAGAGAUCACCAUUAGCAGAGAUUUCCCUGACACAGUAGAAUUCAAUGGAUUGUUAACUAAACUACCCUUUAAUUAUGACCAAGGAAGAGUCACAGUUUACAAAAGGAUCACUGAUUUGGUAAUACAAACAGAUUUCCAACUUACAGUAACCUUUAGCUCUGGGAACCGCGCUGCUGUUACUUUGCCAGCAUCAUACGCAGGCGCUGUUCAUGGCUUAUGUGGAAACUUCAAUGGAAACCCAGAUGACGAUUUUGAGAAAACUGAAACUCCAAGUGUCUUUGGUGAAUUGUGGUUGGUUCAUAACACGCCAGGCUGCGUUGGUGACCAGGCACCUGUCUGUAAAGACUUUGCUUUAUUUGAAAAAGAGCAUAGAGAGGGUGAAGGGAAAUGUGGUCUUAUUUUGGACAAGAAGGGGCCGUUCAGAGAUUGCCACCACUUGUAUAAUCCUGAAGGAUAUUUUAUGGAUUGUGUAUCUGAUGCCUGUUUCAACAAAGGACGUCUUAUUGUUAUCCAACAGGCUCUGACAUCCUAUGCUGCCACUUGCCAGGAUGCUGGUGUCACUUUGUAUCCAUGGAGAACAGGCUAUCUGGCUUUGCAAUGCAGCGCUAAUAGUCACUAUGAACUCUGCGCUGAAGGAUGUCAAACAACGUGUGCUGGUCUCCGCCCGCCAACUGGUUGCAAUGCCCAAUGUCGAGAGGGAUGUGUAUGUGACGAUGGCUUUAUUCUCAGUGGUGAUGAAUGUGUACCUGUGUCUCAAUGUGGGUGUGUCUACAGGGGCGUCUACUACAAACCCGGUGAAAUCUUUCACCCCACUGAGGCCUGCAAGGUGCAAUGCAUGUGUAGAAGUGGAGGGAUUGUUGAUUGCACACCAUAUUCUUGUAGAGCCAAUGAGGAAUGCAGAAUUGAAUAUGGUAUUCGUAAGUGCUUUUCUAAAGGGCUUGAUGCCUGUUUUGUUUCUGGAGGGUCACAUUACUACACCUUUGAUGGUUUUAGCUAUGAUUUCCAAGGAACCUGCACCUACACACUGGUGAAAUCUACUGCAGAUGAUAAAAUGAUAACACCCUUUAUGGUAACUGUGCAGAACGCAAAGACUGACCAAGACCCAAUUGCACAGACCAAAACAUUAGAAGUGGUAAUUUAUGGAACAACAUUAACCAUGUCUAAAGACCAGCCGGCUGUUAUCAAGGUGGAUGGAGAGAUCUUUAACCUUCCCAUUAAAAGGAAUGGAGGCAAAAUUCAGGCAUAUCAACAUGGCAACGGUGUGAUCGUGGUUACCAAUUUUGGUCUCCAAGUGAUUUAUGACUUUGUUUACCACAUCACAGUCAUACUCCCUUCCAGCUAUAAAGACCGCGUAGAAGGAUUAUGCGGCAAUUAUAAUGGAAACAAUACUGAUGAUUACCAGCUCCAUAAUGGAAGACUUUUAAAAGAUUCGGUUGCUUUGGGAAAAUAUUGGAAGAUAGCAAAAGAGGAAGAGAAUUGUAUUGAUGAAUGUAAAGAGAAAUGUGAAGAACCAACCAAGGGAAAGCUGGAGACGUAUGAAGGAGACCGGUACUGUGGUGUACUGAAAAUGGUCAACGGCCCUUUUAGAGACUGCUACUCUAUAAUCAACCCUGAGCCCUACUUUAACAACUGUGUGUUUGAUGUAGCCAUUAGUAAUGGAGCCAUGGCUUCUGUCUGUGCUGGUAUCCAGAGUUAUGUGGCAGACUGUCAAACUGCAGGCGUCAUUGUUCAGCCGUGGAGGAAUGACUCUUUUUGCUCUUUUUCGUGUCCUGCGAAUAGCGUUUACAAGAUGUGCGCAAAGGUAUGCAAGAGCAGCUGUUUUGGACUCACAGAUAGACUUGGUUGCCCAAAAACAUGUGUUGAAGGGUGUGACUGUCUUGAUGGUUUCUUAUGUGAUGGCAUACAGUGUGUUCCACUGGAAAACUGCGGCUGCUAUCACAAAGGGAUUUAUUUUAAGCCUAAUCAGAAAUUAGUGACAAGCCAAUGCCAGGAAACCUGCACGUGUGAUCCCAUUAAAGGUGUGUCAUGUGAACCACUGAAAUGCGGCGCCAAUGAAGAAUGUGAAGUGAAGAACGGAGUUCUGGGAUGUUACGUAGAUCCAUGCAGGCGUUUCAAGUGCAGAGCUAAGGAGAGCUGCCAAGUUAAACAGGGUAAAGCAGUAUGUGUACCUAAAUACACAGGGAUGUGCAGGGGCAAUGGGGACCCUCACUACACCACCUUCGAUGGCUACAAGUUUGACCUACAGGGAACCUGCACUUAUGUGCUGGCCAGCUAUACUGGCAAUGAAACUGGACUGCAGCCCUUUAGCAUUACGGAGAAAAAUGAGAACAGAGGAAAUAAAGUAUUUUCGUAUGUGAGAGAAGUUGACAUGGAUGUUUAUGGGCACAGGAUUUCAGUGAUAAAGGGGGAAAAACCAAAAAUUAGGGUAGAUGGAGUAUCUGUAAAUUUACCAGUGACUUUGGAAGGUGGAAAAAUCAAACUAAGCCUAAAUUUUAGAACUGCAUUACUUGUUACAGACUUUGGGCUUAGAGCAUCUUUUGACUGGAACUGGCGUGUAAUUGUUAUAGUUCCAAGUAGUUACCAUGGACUUACAUCUGGUCUUUGUGGAAAUUUUAACAAAAAUGAAAACGAUGACAUGAUCACUUCAGACAACAAACACGCCUCCUCUAUAUUAGAGUGGGCACAAAGCUGGAGGGUAAACCCUCAGGAACCCUUUUGUGCUGAUUCCUGCACUGGCGAUUGCCCAUCAUGUGAUGAGGCAAAGAAAAAUCAGUAUACUGCUAGAAACUCUUGCGGCAUCAUAACUGAUGUUAAUGGGCCAUUCAAAAAAUGUCUGUCCGUUAUAGAUGCUAGAAACCCCUUCAGCAGUUGUGUCUAUGAUGUGUGCAUGAAUGAAGGUGCCAAGGCAUUACUGUGCCAGGCUAUUGAUGCUUUUGCCGCUGUAUGCCAAGACAAAGGAUUUGAAGUUGGCAACUGGCGAGAAGUCACAUCUUGUACCAUGAAAUGCCCUGAAAACAGUCACUAUGAGGCUUGCGGAAAUGCUUGUCCAGCCAGUUGCACUGACAGAACAGCCCCAGACAACUGCACAGAGCCUUGUAUGGAGACUUGCCAAUGUGACAAAGAUUAUGUGCUCAGUUCUGACAAAUGUGUCCACAGCACCAGCUGUGGUUGUGACCACAAUGGUUUUUACUACCAACCCAACGAUGAGUUUUGGUCUGAUGAAAGUUGCAGUAGCUACUGUAUAUGUGAUCCUAAAUCCAACAAAGUGGUUUGUAGCAACAAGAAAUGCAAAUCCAGUGAGCAGUGCAAAACGGUCAAUGGAAAACGUGGCUGCUAUCCAUCCAGCUUUGCAACUUGUGUUGCUUCUGGAGAUCCCCACUACUAUACAUUUGAUAAAAAGAAGUUUGACUUUAUGGGCACAUGCAUCUACCAGUUAGUGAAAGUUAACUCCAGUGACCCAACAUUGACCCCCUUUAGUGUCACAAUCAGGAAUGAGAAUCGUGGGGACAAAACUGUUUCCUUUACUAGACUGGUGAACUUUGAGGUCUACAAUCUCACUAUUACUAUCAGUAAAGAGUUCCCAAGGAAAAUUCAGGUAAAUGGUGUCCUGACCCAGCUUCCAUUCUAUUAUGACAAUGGGAAAAUAACUGCCUUUAUCAAAGGUUUGCAUGGCUUUAUUAAGACUGAUUUUGAUGUGACUGUUACCUUCAACUGGAAAAGCUAUGCAAGAGUUAUUCUUCCAGCCAGUUAUGCAAAUGCAGUCAGUGGUUUAUGUGGUAACAGUAAUGAUGACCCCAUGGAUGACUUUAUUAUGAGCAAUGGCAUGGUGGCAACUAGUGCAACACAAUUUGGUAAGAGCUGGAAAGUAGGGGAGGUACCUGGGUGCGCAGACGGAUGUGAAGGUAACUGUCCAGUUUGUAAAGAGCAAAAUAAAGAAAAGUUCAAGAGUGAGCAAUACUGUGGAAUAAUUACAAAACCCAAUGGUCCAUUCAUUAAUUGCCAUACAACAAUAGAUCCAACUCCAUACUUUGAAGACUGCGUGUUUGACACUUGUUACUUUGAAGGACAAUCAUUUGCCUUUACAAGUAUCAUUAGCAACUACGUCUCUGCUUGCCAAGCCGCUGGGAUAGUAAUCCAUGAAUGGAGAACUACUUCUUUUGCUAAACUCGAGUGCCCUCCACACAGUCACUAUGAGCUGUGUGGCACCGGCUGUGCUCCUACUUGCUAUGACCUAUCAUCUCCAAGGACAUGUGAACCUUCAUGCACAGAAGGAUGUUACUGUAACAGUGGUUUCAUUCAAAGCGGUGACGGAUGCGUACCCAUAUCUGAAUGUGGAUGUCUGCACAAAGGGAAUUAUUAUGAAAAGGGACAGAAAUUGUUCAUCGAUGACUCUUGCACAGAGUGGUGUGAAUGCAGAAACAAUGGGUUGUUUGUCUGUCAGAACCUGCCCUGUAGCCCCACUGAACAAUGUAGUGUUGUCAAUGGAUUCAGACAAUGUGUGUCAGAUAGGUGUUCAAAGUGUACAGUUGCAGGUGCUCAUUAUAUUACUUUUGAUGGUCAAGCUUAUGACUUCCAAGGAACAUGCUCUUACACAUUAGUGAAAGUCGUUGCCAAUAACCCUCGUCUGGUGAUAUUUUCUGUUAUGGUGGAAAAUGAGAUUAACGCAGCACAAUUAACUAUACAAAAACGAGUAAUAGUAUCUGUUUAUGGAAAGGAAUUCUCCUUUAAUCGAAAGACAGAAUGGAAAGUAACAGUUGGUGAUGAAAUUCUCAAUCUUCCCCUGAACUACCCAGAUGGAACAGUAUGGAUAAAUCAAGAGGGCACUAAUAUAAUCUUACAGACAGAUUUUGGUCUAAAAGUCCUCUAUGAUACUCAAUAUAGAAUCGUUGUUCAGGUUACUGGCAACUACUGGAGUAAUAUCAAUGGACUGUGUGGUAACUAUAAUGACGAUUUAACUGAUGAGCUAAUGCUUCCGAAUGAGAAGGUCACCAAAAGUGUAGAAACGUUUGGCGCUGCCUGGAAAGUUCCUGUAGCAGGUGUAGCAUGCAGUGAUAGUUGUGGAGAAGCGUGUCCAGUCGCUGACCCCAAGAAGAUAGAAGAAAGCAGCAAAGUAACAAUGUGUGGAUUACUCAAAUCUACAAGUGGGCCGUUCAAAGGCUGCUUCUCUAAAGUUAACCCAAUGCAGUACUUUAAAAAUUGUAUCUAUGAUAUGAGUAUUGCAGGAGAUCAAAGCACUCUUUGCAGACACUUGCAUGCCUAUGUGUCUGUCUGCCAAGCCGCAGGUGGUGAAAUCAAGUCCUGGAGAACAGACACCUUCUGCCCUCUAUCUUGUGGAAAGCAUAGCGGGGAAUACAACUUGUGCAUGCGCACUUGUGACCAGACAUGUGCUCAAGUAACUGUUCCGUAUAGUUGUACAAUGAGAUGUUUUGAAGGUUGCAGUUGCCCCAACGGAGAAUAUUUUGAUGGAAAACAAUGCGUCCCCAUGGAAAAAUGUGGAUGUGUAUAUAAAGGACAGUAUAUGCAGGUGGAAGAAUACAUUGUGUCUUCGAACUGCACCAACAAAUGCACUUGUAAAACUGGCGGACUAUUGUCUUGUGAAAAUUAUGGCUGUCAUGAAAAGGAGUUCUGUUCUAUAAGAAACGGGCAGCGCAGUUGCUUUGGAGGCGAAGGUCAAUGUAGCGUUAGUCCCAAGAGCAUAAUUACAACGUUUGACGACUUUGACACACCUGUCUCAGUAACUGGACCAUAUGAAGUCGCCUCACUGUGUGACAAAAGUUCCCCUAAUUGGUUCCGAAUUGUGCAUAUACCUGGCCAAUCAUCUAAAGAUCAGUCCGUAUAUGUCUUCUUUAAGAAAACGUAUGUGUCUUCCAACACGGAGAAAAAAGCUAUGGUUGACGGUUCUCCUGUGGAGCUGCCAGCGUUAGCUCCCAGCGAAAUCUCCGUGCACAGUUCUGAAGAGGGUGUGAGCAUUGAGCAGUCAGCUGGAGUAAAGGUGUUCGUAGGUACGUCUGGCGACAUGACGAUAAAAGUGCCCGUGAGCUUAUCCAGUCGCAUGUGUGGUCCUUGCGGGAAUUUUAACGGAAACAGCGCUGAUGAUGAGACAACAAAUAUGAACGAAAAAGGUUCUAAGAACAUAGAAGAGAUUAUAAAAGACUGGAAAGCAGAAGUUUAACAAGCAAAAGGUAUUCACAGGAAUCAUGAGCAAUGUGGUGAAAGUGAUAAUGAAGUUCUGCUAUAGUUUAUGUAAAAGAAGAAAGAUACAAUAUUUUAAUAUUUGAAUCAACCUGUUUUAACUGCUAUAAAUAAAAGUAAUUAAUCAA